AUGGCCUGGAACACCAACCUCCGGUGGCGCCUGCCGCUGGCCUGCGUGCUCCUGGAGGUGGCCAUGGUCAUCCUCUUCGGCGUGUUCGUGCGCUACGACAUCGAGGCGGACCCGCAUUGGCCCGAGGAGAAGAAACACAGGAACAUCGCCAGUGACUCCGAGAAUGACUUCUACUAUCGGUACCCGAGCUUCCAGGACGUGCAUGUGAUGAUCUUCGUGGGUUUUGGCUUCCUCAUGACCUUUCUGCAGCGCUACAGCUUCAGUGCCGUGGGCUUCAACUUCCUGCUUGCAGCCUUUGGCAUCCAGUGGGCAUUGCUCAUGCAGGGCUGGUUCCACCACUUCCAAGAUGGCUACAUCCUCCUCAGCGUGGAGAGCCUCAUCAAUGCCGACUUCUGUGUGGGCUCUGUGUGUGUGGCCUUCGGGGCAGUUCUGGGCAAAGUCAGCCCUGUCCAGCUCCUCAUCAUGACUCUCUUCCAAGUGACCCUCUUCACCGUGAAUGAGUUCAUUCUCCUCAACCUGCUGUUGGUAAAGGAUGCAGGUGGCUCCAUGACCAUCCACACGUUUGGGGCUUACUUUGGGCUUACAGUGACGUGGAUCCUCUACCGACCCAACCUACAGCAUAGCAAGGAGAAGCAGAGUUCUGUGUACUACUCGGACCUGUUUGCCAUGAUUGGCACCCUCUUCCUGUGGAUGUACUGGCCCAGCUUCAACUCAGCUGUGUCCAACCAUGGGGAUGCACAGCACCGGGCUGUCAUCAACACCUACUGCUCCCUGGCAGCUAGUGUCCUCACCGCGGUGGCACUGUCCAGCCUCCUGCACAGGAAGGGCAAGCUGGACAUGGUGCACAUCCAGAACGCCACGCUGGCAGGCGGGGUGGCUGUGGGCACCGCGGCCGAGAUGAUGCUCAUGCCCUACGGCUCCCUCAUCGUCGGCUUCAUCGUUGGCAUCAUCUCCACCCUGGGUUUUGUGUACCUGACGCCCUUCCUGGAGUCCCACAUGCGUAUCCAUGACACGUGUGGCAUCCACAACCUACACGGCUUACCCGGUCUCGUCGGGGGCAUCGUGGGUGCAGUGACAGCAAGUGCUGCCAGCGCAGAAGUGUACGGGCACGAAGGGCUUGUCCAUGCCUUUGACUUUGAAGGUGUCAAGAGUAACAGGACCACAGUCGUACAGGGCUGCUUCCAGGCUGCUGGCAUCUUCGUGUCCCUUGCCAUGGCCCUGGUGGGUGGCUGCAUCGUGGGAAUCAUUUUGAAAUUACCGUUCUGGGGACAGCCUGCUGAUGAGAACUGCUUUGAGGAUGACAUCUACUGGCAUACACCUGAGACACCAGAGAACCUGAACUACCGCCCUGAGGACCGUGCCCCAAAGCCCACCACAUCCUAG